GUGAUAGAUAGGGGGAGUGUGUGUGUUCACCUUGUCUGGGUGUGUCCCUCUAAAAGCAGCAGGUAGCGCCGCAUUUUCUACUCUGUCUCUGCUGUGAAGACUUGAACCGUCCGGGAUGGAUCUGUUCAGACUGAAGUCGCUUCUGUUCCUGCUCUUUUUUAUCGGACGCUGCAGGGGGAAGGUCAUUCUGCCGGAGGGUCCGCUGGACGCAGUUGUGGGGAAAAGUGUCACCAUUACAACCCUGCUCGACAAGCCACAGUAUGUUUUUAUAAUCUGGAAUUACAGCGACGGGACUGAUCAGAUUCACGUCGCCACCGUGAGCCCAACAACGCUGAAAGUGAACGCACCGUAUGAGGGGAGAGUGAGCCUGAAUGCGACCAACGGCUACUUGACCCUGAAUUCCGUGAAGACGGAGGACAGCGGGGAUUACAGCAUCAACGUGAUAUCAGCAGACGGUGACACUAAAACCGCGGAGAUCAAGCUCCGGGUGCUGGAGCCCGUGUCUGACGUCGUCAUCAAGUCCAACCUGACCGAGGCCAUUGAACACAACAGCACCGUGGUCCUGACCUGCUCUGCUAAAGGCUCCUUCCUCACAUUCACCUGGACUAACGGCACUGCACCCAUCGUGGCUGACGGCAAACGGCUCACACUUAAAAAUGAGCAAACGUCCAGCACACUCACCAUCGCAGGUGUUCUCAGGUCAGAUCUGGUUGGUCCCAUCUGCUGCACAGCUGCUAACACACUGGAGAAAGAGAAGAGCGCCCCCUUCAACCUCACUGUCUACUACGGACCAGACGAGGUCACUAUCAAGCCUCCGAACCCUCCACAGUACAUCGAAUCCGACUCCAACUUCAACCUGACCUGUUCAGCCCCCUCCAGCCCGCCCGCCACCUACACCUGGUACCACAACAAGGAGCCGAUGGAGGCAGCGGGUGAGGUCCUCACUUUGAAAAUUAUUAAAGAGCACGGAUUCGGGAAGAACGUGGACGAAUACACAUGCAGGGCCAACAACGCCAAGACCAAGCGCACCAUCCCAUCUCCUGGUGUUUCCUUUGGUGUGAUGGAGCCCAUCACAGGUGCUAAAAUCACAGGUCCUGUUGCGACCCUCAUCGCUGGUAACAGCACAGCCAACCUCAGCUGCCAGGUGACGACCGGCACCGUGAGGACCAGGGUCUGGCUGAAAGACGGCAAACCUCUGUCCGCCAACUCCCGCCUGGUGUUCGCGGACGACCUGUCCUCCAUCAUGAUCAACCCGCUGCAGAAAGAAGACAAUGGGGUGUACCAGUGUCAGCUCAACAACCCCGUCACCUCCAUUGAAGCCUCCUACAAGAUGGUGGUCAACUAUGGUCCUGAACCAGCAACGGUGACGGGUGAAUCUGAGGUAGAGCUGGACGCCAAAGUGACCCUCACCUGCUCUGCGGUGUCCAUCCCACCCGCCAACUUCACCUGGAAGUUUAACGGCACAAUGACUGCUGUCAAAACGUCGCAGUACGUCAUCGACAAGGCUGUUUACAGUAACAGCGGAACGUACACCUGUGAGGCGCACAACGCCGUCACCGGCAAGACCAGCAAACCAGUCACCCACACCCUGGCUGUCAAAGAGGAGAUAGAGGACGGUCUCUCAGACGGAGCCAUUGCUGGAAUCGUCAUCGGUGUCCUCCUCGCUCUGGCUUUAGCCAUCGGCUUAAUCAUAUACUGCCGACAGAAAGUACCGGUCGAGUCGCCGUACUAAAGAAGCUCCCGCUGCACACUGCUGGAGAUUCUGGCCCAAACAUCCGAUCACUUUGUUUCCCAUGAUCCACCUGUGCAGCUGGGACAGAGAGUCCUCCUGGAUCCAGCUGGUUUCCUGUGAAGCCUCCCACCCCCUCCUCUCUGUGGCUGACGACGACGGUGGAAACUUGAUUUCAAACGAUGGAUUCUAUCAGUGUUUGGAUUAUGAGCUGGAACCUUCACUUUUAUUCUCUGAUCUGAUCUUUGAUUUUAUUUUUAAUUUUUCCCCACAAACCAUCACUGGAUCGUCGUCCUCCCUCGUCCUCCCUCUCUUUCGUCUCGUCUUCUCGCCCUGGUGUUAACAGACGUCGUCCCUCACCUUUGGUCUGGCUUCCCGUUUCCUCUGCAAAACUACAAACACAGAGAAACUCUGUGAGACGGAGACGUUUCCUGGACUAAAGCUGACGGACGAUGAGUGACUCUCUUUAUCCUGCUGGAAACUGAGGAGAUGAACACACACACCCACACACAGGCCACACACGCAGACAUUCAGGACUCUGGGUUAAAAUAAGAAAAUGAAAAUAUUUUGUGGUUUGAUUUAUCUCACUGUCUGUGCCAGGUGGGUGGAGUUCACCUGAUGGGGGACGCUUCAAGUGCAGUGAAGGGUUUACAAGUGAUUUUUUUGAAAUCCCUCUCUGUGCUCUGAAAGACAGUUUGAUCCAAAAUACCUCAGUCUGUUCGGUGCUCACCACUUUGUACAAAGUUUUCUAACACACCUGGUGACUCCACUUUGUUGGAGACGUGUCGGCAGUUCUGUUUUUUUUUUGUUUUUUUUUUUUUACUGAGGUCAAAACUUUAUCAGCAUUUCCACUUUGUCUCUUUCCCUCCCUGUUUCUGUUAAAGUUUCAGCUCCAACAGAAACACUUUAGCUUUAAGCUUCAAACGUCUUAGCGACAAGAUUUCCAUUAAUUUCUGGUCAUUUUUAACGUGUGACCAGUUAAAGAAGCAAUAAUGCAAAAUAAUAUGCCCCAUUAUAAUCUAUAAUAAUUGUAUUUACAUAGCUGAAAUCAAAGUUACUGAGUAUGUUAUAAAAACUAGUGAAACAUGACAGUGAAACAGUUACUACUACUAAUAAAGUGAUAAUAUAUGUUGUGUAUGGAGAGCUUUCUUAGACACUAGAGACGCUUUACAUGAUUAAUUAAUAAAGUAAAAGAAAACUGUGCACAGUGCAGAAUAACAAAGGACAUGAGAUAAAUAAUUUAAAAAGUUUUGAAAAGAAGCGUUUUUCAGGAUUUCUUGAGCGUAGCACAAAGGGAAGAUCUAUAGAUAGAUAGAUAAGGACUUUAGAACAUGGGGAGGUUCCCUUCAGGAAAUUCAGGUCCCAGAUUACAAUUUACAAACCCCGAAGAGAGAUUAAAAAAAAAGAAAAGGAGAAAGACACGUGUGUUACAGAGAGGGUGCUCAGAAGUGAGAGUGUGUCAUUAAAACUAAAAAAAAAAACAAAGUAAUUCUGGCUUCUUCCAACCUUUUUUUCCUCUCUUGCUUUACCUUCAUCCUCCCCCCAUCUUCUUUAUGGUUCAGGAUCCUCUUUACUGUUUGUUUAAAUCACCUCAUGUCGUCCUCGGUGGAAAACAUGAGAGCGGGAGAUCAGCAAGAUUCAACACGCAGGGACGAGUCAGCGAGGAAGAAAGAAAACGAAAGAGAGAAAAAAAAGGGCGGGAAGGUGUUUGUGGGCGGAGACGUUCUUUGAGUUUUGGAGGGAAAGUUUGUUGAGCUUCAGGGCGGUGCUACAGAGUUUUAUUGAAAUAUUUUUACCAUGAUUGGUUAUAAGAUGUUUUAAAGUAAAUGUCAGGUUCGCAGGUUAAUAACACACCUGGCGAUCGAACAGUCAGUCAUCUGAAAAUGUUAAAGAAAACAAACCAGGUUUUGUAUUAAUUGAAGUUCAGCUUUUGGUCGGAUCUCACGUCUCAUAUUUUGUCAUCAGACCUCAGAUGAUUUCUCCUGCGCUUUGAGCUGAUUGAUGAUUUUUGUUGUUGUUUGUUUGUGUGGUUUGUGGUUGUUUGUGAUCUCAGACUUCAACAUGCACUGAUCUCCAGUGGGAAAAGUAUUUAUUUUGUUUAGUUUUAAGAAAAAAGAAAAAAGCUUUAAUAACUGGAGCUGAAGAUCAUAGCUGGUCUGCAGAUCACACAUUCAGAAGCUCAUUAGCUUUUUUGUGUCUUUUUUUUUUCAGUUUGUGCAUUUUCACCCUGAUCUCCACUUGAAAACGCUCACACUGAACUUUAAAGAGAUUUUAAAAGUAAUGCGACGUUUUCACCACAUUUACAUCUCUGGUUCGGGACAACACACAGCACAGAAUGUAUUCAUAACAACACGUAGAGAUAUUUGUCGUCCCGAACAAGAAGCGUUUAUAUGUUUGAAACGAUGCCUUAAAGAUAAACUGCCCUCACUGUAAAUAAUAGAUAGAUGUUCUACACUGUAAACAGUUUUGUGACAUGUUUUGGAUUAUAUGUGGGGUUUUAUUUCUUAUCAUGAUUUAAUAUUUUCAGAGAUGCUUUGUUUUGUUAAUGUUUACAGAGAAACCUCUACGACAGUCAAAUCUGUACAAAUCUGCAAAGAGAAAAUAAACUCCGCCUCGGUGAAAUCCAUGUCCAGUGUAAAGCAAUGUAAAGCCAUAAAAGUUUUGGAAAUAUUUUCCUAA